GACAUUGAGACUUGUUGCAAGAGGGUAACUUGGUCAGAACGGUUGAAAACAGCCAAAAACAAGGCGAAAAGUCGUUAAUAUCUCUGGUUGGAUGGAGCAGCAUCACUCACGGUGAUUGGAAGUGUGCAGUGCAUCAAAAGCUACCAAUUGAUCGAGGUCGUUCAGAGUGAUUUGUGGACAAGGAAGCAAUAGGAUUCGGAUUUUCACGGGGCUCCUCCACCCGACCCCCUCCACCUACAUCACCUUCAGUUCCUUUAUCCAGCUCUAUGUAGAUGUACAGUGAAGUUGGCCCUGUGUGUGGUGUGUUCGGCUUCAACCUGUGUAUUCUGUUUUUAUGGAUCGCGGAAGGUGCGUACGUCGUGCCUUACUCCGCCUGAAGGCUCUUCUUACGUACUGAAUGUGUACUUGUCGGGCCUGUCUAGGCACUGAAGAGGCACAGCAGCCACCGUGUUUUGAACAAGAACAGUUUGGCUUGGUGACCAGAAAUCAGAACAAAAGACAUUGUUGGCAAUGGAGAAAUUCAGUUUUGUUCGAGUGACAAUGAUUGGUUCAUUCACCGCUUUGUGAAGGCCCAUCCCCCGCAAGGCCCAAGGACGUGUCAGAAUGUCUUCCUAUGGACGAGGCAGAGACUCUUAUAUCCCUCCAUAUGGACCGAGCAGACUUCAUCCGUAUGAUUAUCCGUCAUGGGGAUAUGUGGUCUUGUAUCUGGUGGUGAUUACAGGAAGCUUGGUGGGCAAUGGCCUUUUUCUAGUCACUUUGCGGAAGAAUAAGGUCCUUCACAGAACAGCGCACUACUUAUUUGGGGCCUUGGCUGUGAGGGACAUUGUUGUGACCUUACUCGUCAUUCCAUUCGUCAUCGAUCAGUCAGUGAAAAUGAUGGAAUGGCGAUCAGGCGAAGUUUUAUGUAAAAUGUUCACAUUCUUGAACGCCAGCACCAUUGCAACGCAUGCCUUCUUGAUUCUGAUCAUCACCGCCUUUUUGUACACAUGGUACAGAAAAAAUGAGGCCUAUGUCACUGAAGACGGACAGACCGUGGUUCGACAAAACAAAAUGCACAAGUGGGCCAUUCCAUUAGCUUGGGUUAUUGGGCUCGGUUUAGCAAUCCCGGCCGGAGCCAUUGCUUAUGAUGCGCGAAAUAUUAUGACUGGUAUCCAGACUUGCGUUGUGUGGGACGGUCGGGGCCAGAAUAACAGCAACUUUUGGGUCCAACUAAGUUUGAUCCUCGUUGGUUUUUUCUUACCGCUGAUCCUGCUUUUGUUUCCUUUGAUCGCCCUUACCAUGCAGCUUUGUGGAGCCCGCGAACCGCACUUAAAUCAUCCUCACAAUCGGAUCGCAGGCAUUGCCGCUUGUUUAGCCCUGGUAUUUCUUGGAACUCAGGCUCCUGCCCAGAUUUACAUGCUAUUAAAUUUGUUCCAACAAAGUACCUUCGGGUUCAGAACCAGUGGCCUCCGACAAUCCACUCCUUACAUGGUGACCGCUUUCGAAACCGACAUGAUCAUGAACGCCGUUGUUUAUGUAGCUUGUAUGAUUCACCCUAUUCUGUAUUUUUCCAUCAAUCCGGAUUAUAGAGCCGGAUUGAAAGUGGCAUGGAACGACCUAUCUUGUAACAAGGAUCCCGUCAGGAUGCAACGGCAAGAAGAGCAAAAGAAGCAAAGACAACAACAGCAAAGGCAAUAUCCGGCCCGAAAUCGGGCCCCGCCAAUCCUGAGGCAAGGUCAAGAACAAUUGUUGCCCAAUCGCCAGCCCCAAAUCAUGGCAGGGCCUCAGAGACCCGGUCAAGUCCCAGUCCAAUACUAUCCCUACCCUCAGCCGCAACAUCCACAACCAAAUCCCGGUGUCUUCCAACAAAGCUAUCCUAACCAACCGCCUCAACAACUGAUGCCGGAUCAACAGUUCUUGGACAAUAGUUUCGAGCGCCUGUCACCUCAAUUGCCACCCGUAUUCGAGUACAAUGGACUCAAGUACAUGGACACAGCCCGUAUCGAGCCGCGCAUUGGGUACUCACCCCAGAAGACCCCGGAGAAGACUCCGGAGAUGAAACGCUACAUGAAUGCGCCCUUCACCACGCCCUUGCGCAGUCCUCCGCCAAUGGAAAUGAUGGACUUGAGCCCCAAAGGGCCUCUGGCCACUUCCGAGACUCAGGAGUUCAAGCUUGAGUCUAUGGAGAGUAGUCCAGGAAACACCUUAAGGUCGAGGAGGUUACGUGAGGAAUUUGAGGAAAACAUCGAACAAUUGGAUGCUAGCCCAAGAUCGAAGCAAAGAAGGAAAACCCAAGAAUCUCAGCAGACCUCGGGAUAUUCCAGUUCGAAUGGAACAGGGAGGUCGUCAAGUCGUCCCAUAAGCCCCCUUGAACGUCCUGUCAGUCGGCAAUCUGGUGUGGAAAUUAUUGUUACUGGUCGUACACGCUCUCGCACCGAUUUGUGUCCAGAUGUUCCAAGGUCCAAGUUUGAGCACAGUGUCUAAAAUUGAAUGUUAAAUGAAAUUGCCAAUCUCAAAGAAUGAGGAAAAAAAACCGGAAAGCUAUUGAGAAGAGAUUGAUCUCAAUGUAACCAAAACCUAUAUAAUUGCAUCGAAAAAUGAACUGUACCCUGAGAGAACAAAUAAUAUAUCAGUGAAAUUGUGAACUAAA